AUGGCGUCGAGAACGUUGGCAGCGGCGGCGUGGGCGUGGGUCGCGCUGGUCGUGGUGGCUGCGCACUGCGCAGGGGCUCGCGCGGCAGCGGCUGGUGCGGUUCGCGCCGCAGGCGACGAGGACAAUGCCAACUGGACAGCGGGCGGCCUGGAGGAUCACGGCAGGCGCCUGCUGGCAACUUACAUAUCUCAGCCCAAAAAG